UAUCGUUGUUGCCGAAACAUCACAGAAUUCCCGAGUUCCCCCACGCGGCCGCUCACCCCCAUCGCCCUUUCUCUCCCCUCGGCGACAAAACCCUCGCCCUAGAGCCAUCAGAUCGGCAGCGUCGGACUGAGAGCGGCUACAUCCCGACGAAGGCAACGUUCCUUCGACAGACGCGAGGCAGGAGCGAGGGCGAUCGUGCGAGAUAUAACAGAUAUGAUUCAAUAAAUGUUCAAUGUUCUUUCCUGAGAUCCUAAAGUGUGCCCCUAUAAUAAAUAUGGUUGAAAUUUUUGAUCAUUUCCCUGGGUUGAAGGCAAAUGGUUUUUAUGAGAGUAUUCUCUUGGAAGUAGCUGACUAGACUGGAUAUAAUAUUCCUGAAAUAGUAAUAAACCACACCAUAUGGAUGGAUCCUUAGUAAAUACUAAAACGAUGGACAGUUCAGUUGGAAGCACAAAGACCAUGGAUAGGUCAUUAGAAGGAAGUGUGGCUUCUGAUGUAUCAGGAGAAGGUACCAAUGGAAUAAACAGAUUAACAAAAAGAAUCAGUGCCUCUGUAGAAAAUGAAAUUUGCCUUGAUGGAGCAAUGGAAAUAACCAAUGCUGUAGAUGGAUCUAGACAAAAUGUGGUUGACAGAGAUACAACAGGAAGAAGUACAAUUGAUGGAUGUGUAAAAAAUACUGGAAAUGUGGAUAUAUUAGUGAAAAAGGUUCCUGAGACAACUGAGUAUCUAGAACUAGAACCAAAGGUGGGCAUGGUUUUUCAUUCAGAAGAGGAAGCAUUUAAUUUCUAUAAUUCAUAUGCUAAAAGAAAAGGUUUCAGUGUACGCAAGGGGCAUCUUUCUCGAAGAAGAGACAAUAGCAUACGGGAUAGGCACUAUGUGUGUAGCAAUGAAGGGACUCGUCAAGAUCAUCGCACUCAUGUAACUAAGAAACCACGUCCAUUGGAGAGAACACAAUGUUUGGCUCGUAUUGAGUUCAAAGUAAAUCGUAGUAAUGCAUGGGUAAUAAAUAAGUUUGUUGAAGAGCAUAACCAUCCACUUGCAAGCCCAAAUAAGAUACACAUGUUGCGUUCCCAUAGAAAGAAGUUACCCAUUGAACGAACAAUCUUUACUGAAGCAGAUUACUAUUAUGGGGUCAGACCAUCUCAGAUGCAUGAUAAUUAUUCAGAGGGGUUACAUGGCAAUGAAUUACACAUGAAGAAUCAGUCCUGUUUAAGUACUACAAGGCUUAGGGAUCUUGAGAAAGGAGAUGCACAAUUCCUUCUAGAUUUCCUGAAAAGUAAACAGUCUGAUGUUCCAUCUUUUUUCUAUGCUGUGCAAAUUGAUGAAAAGGAGCGCUUGACCAACUUCUUCUGGACAGAUGCACAGUCUAAAAUUGAUUUUGCCUACUUUGGGGAUGCAGUUUUGUUUGACACAACCUAUCGAACGAGUAGGUUUGACAUACCAUUUGCAGCAUUUGUUGGCAUGAAUCAGCAUAAGCAAAUUGUUAUAUUUGGGGCUGCAUUACUUCUAGACGAGUCUGUAGGAUCCUUUGUUUGGUUAUUUAAUACUUUUGUGGCUGCUAUGUCUGGUAGAAAACCAAAAACAAUUUUCACAGAUCGUUGUGCUGAAUUGUCCCAAGCAGUUACUGAGUCUUUCCCUGAUGUAUGCCAUCGUUUUUGUUUAUGGCAUAUAUUACAAAAUGUUCCAAAAAGCCAUUCCAUGUCUAACCGUGAACUCAACUUUCAAAAAGAUUUUGAAGAUUGCAUAUUUGGAGGUGGCUUUGAAGAAGUUUUCUGUAAGCUAUGGGACAACUUGAUUACUAAGCAUGGGCAUGGAAGUUGUCCAUGGUUGAAGGAUUUGUACUUGAUCAGAGAGAAAUGGGCUCUUCCUUACCUCAGCAAUUCAUUUUGUGCUACUAUGAUGACAAAACAAUGGGUUGAAAGCAUGGAUAAUCUCUUUAAGGUUCAUUUCUACAGGAAAUUGCCUCUUCCAAAAUUUAUUGCACAAUACUUUAAGACAUUAACUCAACUACGUGAGAAGGAACUUAUUGAAGAUUAUGAAUCUAGGCAAACUAAACCUGUCUUAUUGGUUGAUAUACCUGUUCUAGCUGAAGCAGCAGAAUCCUAUACAAGGAGCAUAUAUAUGGAUUUUGAGUACGAGUACAAGAGCCAACUUGCUUGCCUUUGUGAACCUGUUGCGAUGGAUGGGACAGUAUAUACUUUCAGAGUCUCAGUUCCUCAAAGGUGUACUGGGAUUGUUGAGUUUAAUCCAUCUAAUCUUGCAAUUAAAUGUAGCUGCAAGAAGUUUGAAUCAAUGGGUGUCUUGUGUAUGCACACAUUGAAAGUUCUUAAUAACAAUAAUAUUCUCUACCUACCUCCACAGUACAUUUUGAAGAGGUGGACCAAGUAUGCCAAAGACGGCAUAGUGCAUAGUGGACCAUCGUUGGUAGCAGACUCCAGUGCCCAAGAAUCUUUGAGCUUGAAAUAUAGUCGCAUUUGUCACAAGGCAGUUUCUGUUGCAGUAAAAAGUGCUCCAUCAAAAGAUGCUCUUGAGAUUCUUGAGCAUGGACUUGACAGGUUCAUUGCAGAAAUGGAAAAUAUGUUUCAUGGUGCUCCUUGGACCAAACAAUCUCAAAACAUGAAUGUGGUUGAUGAUGUGCAGCAGAACACGUUGGAGACAAGUGGAAUUUGUUUUGAUAGUUUUGAGUUUUCUGCUAGAUGACAUAAAACUCGCAUGUCUGCUGAAAUCUUACAUGUGAUCCACCUGCUACUGAGGUUUACCUUUGCCUAACUAAACCCUAGCUGUAACUAUUGUCGCUAUUGUGCCUUCUUUAGAUGCUGAAACUUCUGCAACCUGAAUUAGAUGCAUCAAUCCAGAUCAACUUCUACACGGUUUUUUAUGAAAUCUAAGUGGGCUGUUUUAGAGAUUACUACAGUAUAAAGAUGGGUAACUCGUGUUACACUAGUCAGUUUUUGUAAAUCCUCCAUUUCUUGGUUCUCAAAUGGAAUGAAUUUUACAUGCUCUAACUGCUGAGUUUAACUUUAUUUUAA